AGAAAUCGUUCCCUCAACCUCAGCAAGCAAAGUGAGAUUCAGCAUGUCAUCUGUGCCGCGUGGAUUCCUGUUGUCUGUAGCGGUGUUCACGUUGAUAUACGCGUUUGUUUCAUUCUUGUUCUCGUUGCUAAUAUCGUUCGGCCUUUUCGUAAUAUUUUGCUCGCUAUUUGUCGUGUUCAUCUCCUACGCUCGCAUCCCUGCACCAAGUCAAAAAGUCGUGGAAGAGAUUUUGGGACUUGAUUAUUACGAAGUCAAAUCAGAAGAUGCUUCGAACCUUGACAAAGAAUGUCCAAGUUCCUCUGGAUUCGUAAUGCCGAUCGUUGCUCACAGAGGAGCUUGCUUGGAUGCGCCGGAGAAUUCCCUGACAGCGUUUCGUUUGGUCAAACUGCGUGGAGUCCACGGGGUCGAAUUGGACGUUUCUUUGACCAAGGAUAAAGUUCCCAUUGUGUUCCACGACGAAGUCGUGGAUCGUGUCACGAACGGGGCCGGUCGAGUGGUUGACCUCACCUAUGAAGAGAUAAAAGAACUGGAUCUUUCAACGAAAUUCAUUUUUCCGCAAGAAUUUUCUUUGGAAAGAAUUCCGAAGUUGUCGGAAGCGAUUGACCUCUGUCUGGAUCUCGACCUGAGAAUUAUGAUCGAUGUGAAGGAACCGGAUUCCCAGUUGGCUGACGCUGUGUUAGCGGAGUACAAGCGUCGUCCUGAAUUGAAAAAACGGGCAAUGGUGUCUUCGUUCUUUCCGAAUAUCAUAUACCUGGUGAGGCUGGGUGAUCCAGACAUUGUUUGUUCAAUGGCGGUGAGACCGAACUUUUUCGCGUACAAGGAUUUCAUUCCGGGCUUUGGUCCAAGCCAUCCCAGGUUUGACGCAUGGUGGAAACAUUGGGGCGCUUGUUUCCUGGAUCAGCUCUUGGAAAUUUCGCAAUACUCGUUUACGCCAUAUUUUCUUGGUCUGUCGGCGAUUCUAUCGUCGCACGUUGGUGUUGAUAUAGUGAAGCUGUCUCAUUGGAGAAGUCAGGGACUUAGAGUAUUCAUCUGGACUCUGAACGACCCUGUUGCAAAGAAGUAUUGUCAUGAAGUUCUGAGAACGCCUUAUUUGACGGACACGUUAGACCUGUGAAAUUAUUAAGUCGUUCUUAUGUCGAGACCGUCAUGUCAACUUAUAUGGCGUUUGUGAUUUUUGUGUAUUUUGCCCUCCGCUUUGAGGCUGAUCAUCAUUCCGAAUUUCUUCAAAUCGGCAAGUUUGCUCCGAAGAUCUGAUAUCAAUGUGAAAACUAAUCCCUUCUCUUUCUUGGCAUGGCUUUAUCAUUUUUUUUCAAGGAUUUAAUUGCGACGUUCAUUAGUGAUGAAUGAUUCUUCAAAGAGACAUUUUGAAGCUUUCGCGUACAUUCGAAUUGCAGCUACGGAUUUUGAUUGUUGAAAAAUUA